AUGCACUCGCUGUAUUAUUUCCUCUGCACCCUUCUGCUCAUUGCGAUUGCUGCCCCUGGUGCUUUUGCGUUCGGAGCAGGUGAAAUACCUGAUUUCGCCUAUCUUAGCGAUAAAGCGUUCCGACAUGGCGACCUCGAGAACACACUCAAAGAAAUGUACAAGAUCGUAUCAGGACGUCAUGGCGGAAUCAACUUGGGCGAAGGCAUUGGCGGCAUCCUGGCAGGUGUUGCCGGUGCGAUGGCGUCACGAGGCACCAAGUUCACUUCUUUGGAUGUUAAACGUGUCUACUUGGGUAAUUUCCUUUGCGAUUACUCACAGGCGAUGGAUAUCGCUGGUCUUACUAAGUUAUCCCCGGAGUCGAUCGUUACGAUCGUGAUGGCUUUAGCCUCCAUGUCAUUCGGCUACGCAACAGGAGAAUUUGAGGUCACCGCUGAACGCCUCGGAGUAUACCUUCCUGUCACCCAUAUCGAUAAUCCGAGGGGCUAUGGGGGAGGCCAAGAUCCUCGAGACGUUUAUCCUAAACUCCGCCCUCCCGUCAACCCAGAAGAGCUCGAGAUUGACGAAUCCAACGGUAUGAAGAACUACAUCGCGACCGAGGAUCGAGGCUGGGACACGUCGACGGGUUUGCUGAAGAGAGUGUUCCGCGAAUGUAUCGAUCGCGGGCGUCGUGCCCAAGGGGAAGAUGGGGAGGAUCUAUUCGAAGCGUUCAGGCUUCUCGGGACUGGGUUACACACGCUGGAGGAUCUCCUCGCCCAUAGUAACUGGUGCGAAUUGACGCUUCGGAAACUGGGACACCGCGACGUCUUCUGUUAUGUUGGCGAUAAUGUUCUGGUUAACUCACCUCACGGACGUGUGCCACCUCUUGUCACUGGAACCUUUGGCUCAGCGGAUUUCCUGCACUCCCUCCUGGGCGAAGCAACGGAUCGCCUCUCCGAGGCUUCUCUCACCGAUCUUACGAAACGUCUCAGCUCAGCCACCGCCAAUUCAGGCCCAGGCGAAGGCGACUCACCGAUCGCCAAGGUUAUUAGCAUUUUUUCGAAGAUUCCUAGCUUGGGGGGAGGCGACAAGGAGAAAUUGAAUAAGGGAGAAAAUAUAAAAGCCAAGGCGUUUGAUUUGCAAGGAAGGAUUGAUGAAGUUACUCCCCAGGAGGUGCAAAAGCUGCUUUGGGAAGCCUUAGUAUGGAGAGACGACUUGAUGAGAGGCAAGUUCAAUAUUACGAGAACCAUUGAAAACAUCCCUGGUUUGGAGAAGUUGCUCGAUCAAUUUACUGAGGCAUUGAACGUUUAUGUGUUCACAAUCUUGGAACCCUUCUUAACCCCAAUCCUCCAAAAAGCGACAACGGACCUCCAGGAAGGCAGUGGUGCCAUCAUUGAGGCCCAUCAAGAGGAUCAGUUCCAAGUAUUCAACGACCCAAAUGCUUCCGAUCCUUCGCAUUCUCUUCUUUCGAAGGACCACUUUGCGCUCAUUCUUAAUGAGCCAGCCGGAAAAGUUGCCAUAGUUGUUCUAAACCUUGUGGUUUCGCAGGCGUGGUACGACCAGAACGCGGACAUUGACCGAGUUAUUGACACCGUCCUCGAGGCCUUCCAUCAUCCGUACUAUGCCAGUGGUCGGUCUAGGGUUCAGAAAGACAUGGAAGAUGAAUUGCGCCGUUGGGUUGAUGGCUUGAGCUCUGACGAGCGGGAGACCAUUUUGAACAAUCUCACUAAGGAAGCCGUGAAGGAAGGGCAGAAUAAGCGCGCUGGACAGGAGGAUAAGGCUUCCGGGGAUGGACAAAGGCAACAGUAUGGUGACGGCGAAAAGCGUCGCCAGGAAGCAGAGAGCUACACCCAAUAUGGGGAUCAGGAACGCCGUGGCGGGAGACAACACCAGGAAGAGGGCUACAAUCAAUAUGGGGAUCAGGGAACCCGUGGCGGACGACACCAGGAAGAAGAGGGCUAUAAUCAGUAUGGGGAUGAGGGACGCCGUGGCGGAGGACGAUAUCAGGAAGAGAGCUAUAACCAGUAUGAGAAUGAAGGGCGCCGUGGUGGACGACUUCAGGAAGAAGAAGGCUACGAUCAGUAUGGGAAUCAGGGACGGCGCCGCGAAGAAACAUAUGGUGAAGGCUAUAGCGCCGAGCAGGAAUAUCGUCCACAAGAAGGGUACUCCUCAGGCUGGAACGACAGGGUGCAGACCUCUGGUUACCAAUCGUCUCGAUAUGAAACUCAGCCCUCCGAAUAUGGUGGUGGAUAUCGCCAGAUUGAAAAUGCUGAAGGCUAUGGACGCAGACAAGAAGAGGAAGACAAACCUCGGCGGGAUGAUCAAUACUCUAGCUACGGACGACGUGAAGAGGAACCAUCCUAUGGUCGAGGUAGUGGUCGAUAUGGCGAAGAGGAACGGGGUUCUCGUUAUGGAAGCGGCGGUGAAUAUGGCGGCGGACAAGAAAGCGCUCGUUAUGGCGGAGGUCGCCAGGGUCAGGAAUAUACUCAAAGUCCCUAUGGAGGUGGUGGUUACGGAGCGGAAAAUCCUCGCUACCAACGUCGCAACGAAGAGUCCUAUGGUCGUCGUGACCGUCGUGAAGAAGGCUAUAAUGGCUCUUAUGGCAGUGGUGGCAGAAAUACUAGUGGGUUUGAGCCCCGUCAGGAGGAAGAAUACGGUUAUGGUUCUAGACGCCGCGAGGAAGGUAGAGGCUAUGAGCGUCCUGACGGCUACCAAGGCGGAGGGGAUGAUACAUUCGGAGCCGAACGCCUGAACCUUGACGAUAACGAAGGUGGUUAUGAACGACGUUCUCGCAACGAAUACGAACCCGGAUACCAGCACGAAUCUCAAUACUGA